GGUUCCGCAGUCACUUCCUGCAGCUGUUUCCCUGUGGGUCCGGUUGGACUGACUUUUGAGUCAGCCCUCAGCUGCGGAGAGGGCUCGGCGGGGCCAGCUGGGAAAGUUGCGCCGCGGGAGGCGGGGUUGAGCCUGACCGGCCGGGCGCGCAGGGGAGACGGCGGCGGGCGACCCGGGCGGACGCGGCGCCCAGACUCCCGGCGCGUCCGGCGGGUUCCGGUUUGGAGACGUAACUUCUCCGCGCGCGCAUCGGAUUAUGCCCAAGGCUUUUCUACCCAAUGAUCCUCUUGCAACACGCCGGGCUGCCUCUGCCUAAGCGGCCCUCAUCCUCUCCUCCUAUGUCAGUGGCCGCCAGGUCUACAGGGACCUUGCAGCAUCCACCGCAGAGGCCUUUCGUGCAGGAGGCUUCCUUACCGCUGGCAGGGGAAGAAGAGUUACCAAAGGCAGGGGAGCAGGACCCUACCCUGGAGGAUCUGUGUAAGCCCCUUUACUGCAAACUCUGCAAUGUCACCUUGAACUCAGCGCAGCAAGCCCAGGCGCAUUAUCAGGGUAAAAAUCAUGGUAAGAAACUCAGAAAUUACUAUGCAGCAAACAGCUGUCCUCCUCCUGCCAGAAUGAGCAAUGUGGUAGAACCUGUGGCCACGCCAGCUGUUCCAGUCCCUCCACAGAUGGGCUCCUUUAAGCCGGGAGGCCGAGUGAUCCUGGCCACAGAGAAUGAUUACUGUAAGCUCUGUGAUGCCUCCUUUAGUUCUCCAGCUGUGGCUCAGGCUCACUAUCAAGGGAAGAAUCAUGCCAAGAGACUGCGGCUGGCGGAAGCUCAGAGUAACUCAUUCUCGGAAUCCUCAGAGGCCGGUCAACGGCGGGCCCGGAAAGAAGGGAAUGAAUAUAAAAUGAUGCCUAAUAGGAGAAAUAUGUAUACAGUACAGAAUAAUACAGGUCCGUACUUCAAUCGCCGCUCUCGGCAGAGAAUUCCGCGCGAUCUGGCCAUGUGCGUUACUCCAAGUGGCCAGUUUUACUGCUCGAUGUGCAAUGUUGGGGCUGGCGAAGAGGUGGAAUUCCGGCAUCAUUUAGAGAGCAAGCAGCAUAAAAGCAAGGUGUCUGAACAGCGGUACAGGAAUGAGAUGGAGAAUCUGGGCUAUGUAUAGGGAUCGUUGUGUUCAGAUAGAGCAGCUCGUCCUGCCUGUUAUUUGCCUUCUGUCAACAUGCCCUGCUUUGUGGUCCUUUUGAUAUAAGUACAUUCCUCUGCUUAAUGUUAAUACAUGUAACUGCAGUGGUACCGUGAGAUGUCAACAUUGGGGAAGGACAAGAGCGUGCUUCUUAGGUCAUGAUGCUUUUUCAGGUCAGCUGUGUUGAGUUACUUAGAGCAUGUGACCUCCCUACCCCAUGAAAAAUAAAUUUUUAUCUUGACCAAGUUCUGGUCAGUAAGAAGCCUGA